GGCGCGGUGAGAGGUAUUCAGGGACACACUUCUACUACCUAACUGGAAGACGAAGCAUUGUGCAGAAAUCGUAGUGGAAAACUUCAAAUCCUCGAAGGAUCUUCCAGUUGUGAGGAAUCUCAGUGAGACCACCAAAAAGCAAGCCCUAACAGAAUGCUCAUCACGGAAGCACAGGUGAAGGAGGCUUUGAGGGCGGACAAGGGCGCCGGAGCUCAUCUGGUAUCUUGUUCGAUUGAGAGCUUCACCAAGGAUGGCGACAACUACGCCAGCGUCGUGAAGUGUAUAAAUGUGGACUAUGAGGAAGGCGGUAGUGAGAAGCAAGUUAGAUACGUGGUGAAGUAUCAUCCGUGUCUGCAAAUGUCAUCCCUCAACGACCUCGUCACCAGGAAAUUUGAGAAGGAAGCAAAGUACUAUCAAGAGCUGGUGCCGCUGUUUAAUGUCGAACUGUACAGCAUAGGACAAGAACCAUUGAAGGUACCUGCUUGUUUCUUCAACCACUUUGGUGAAGGUGAAGAAGUCAUGAUUUUGGAAGACUUACGUUCAGGAGGCUUCAAAAUGUUUGGCCGCAUGAAGAGCAUGGAUAAGGCACACACUUACCUAGUGCUGGAGGAGCUGGCCAGAUUUCAUGCAGCAUCCACCUUAGCACAGGCAAAAUCAACCCAAAUUCUUAAGGCUAAGUUCAAACUCCAUCAGGAGGACUCCGAUUUCUUCACUAAUAAUGCUGAUGAUCAGUACAGCAACUUAAGUCGCGGAAACAUAAAGAUCGUGGCAGAUAUAGCCAGGAAAAUAGGUGGUUACGACAAAAUCGUUGCCUGGCUUGAAGACUUUGCAAACAAGAGCAGUGAAGUGUGCAACAAGCAGCUGGGGGCGAUUCCACCCUUUGACGUGGUGUGUCAUGGUGACUGUUGGAGCAACAACAUGUUAUUCAGGUACGAGGAAGGUGUCCCAGCAGAAGUGAGGUUAUUGGAUUUCCAGGAGUGGCGUCGGGCCUCACCAGCCAUCGACCUCAAUUUCUUCCUGUACACCAGCCUUGACGGCCCCACCAGGAAGGAUAACCUACUGUCCUUCUUAGGGACGUAUUACAACGCCUUCAAGAAGGUGGUGGAGGGAGCCGGAACACCCGUACCAUUUACCGUUGAGGACCUUCGUCAGGAGUAUCACAAAAAGAACGUGUUUGGAUUUCUCAUGGCCAUGUUGAUUUUACCCUUGGUGGUAAACGAUGAGAGAGAUACCGUGAUCCUGGGCAAGUUUAGCGAUGACGGUAUGAACAAGUUCCUUAAGUUACGCAGGGAGAGACUCAUAAGACAACUCCGAGACAACCCACCCUUUCUUCCUCGGCUCCUCUCAGUGUUUGAUGACAUGAUACAGUACGGCAUAGUCUAGAAAACUAUACUCAGUAAAAUGCAAUACUUUACAAAAAAAAAAAUAAUAAUAAUAAUAAAACACUAACCCUUGGAGUUACUUGUGGUGAACAUGGUUGAUGACUUGCUUCAGUUAUACAGUGUGUGUGGGCAGUAUUUAUUAUACACAUUGAAUGAGAUUGUCUCUGUCAAUAUUCUUUUUCUCUCAUUUAACAUAUCUGUGGAUGAAUGAUGUACUGCUUUUGGUAUUCUUAUUAAGGGGUAGGGUCAGGCAGCGACCGACCCAAAAAUUACGACAAAUUGGAUUUUCUGAAAAAAAAUUCCUCUGAACUCUGGCUAAAAACUAAGAUAAUAAUUACACAAGCCAGGGGUAGAUUUAUAUUAUGAGAUCACACGACUCUGCAUUCUUACAUGAGAAUUCCUUUACUAAAAAAAAAACGUAUCUAAUAAUUAUGAUACAUGGGUAAUUUCUAAAUGAAUCCGCUAUGGUUUUACCUGUAAAGAUAACUGAAAAUAUAUUUCUACGUUCUGAGGAAUUUAUGCAUCAGGCUUAAAUUUAUUCAGGGGUCGAAGAUUUGUUCCCAGACGUGCUGGUAUCAGUGAUGCCUCGAAUAUUCACUUUUAUGAUAAUGGUAUCGGGGUAAUAAGACAUUGUUUCACUGAGCUACAGAUGUGACACGUCAACACACAAGUUCACGUCAAAGAAGAUAUACUAAUGUAAAGGAACUAGUACAGCAUUUAAUUAAUGGUCGGCCCCGUACUGCUGUGCCAUUUCUCGAGAACCUCCCUUAUCGUAGAAAACGUCCACGGAACCUUAAGAAAACGAAUUGCAAUUUUACCAUAACUAUUUUAACUAUUUACGGCAUCUAGUUUCCUCAUCAUAGAAAACGUGAAGGUGUCUAAAGAAUGACAUUGUCUUUAGCGUAGACUCCUUUCAUAAGCCAUAUACGUUUUUUAUUCUUAGCAUCCAUUGGUUAAAUACAAUAUAUAUGAUUGCAUUUUUGCCCAACUCGUACCGAUGAUUUACGGAUUAUAGUUUUUAGACAGAAAUAAGGUAAAUAAGACCAUUGUUUGCUUAUGCACGUCACAAACGUGAACAAACAGACGACGUGCCAGUGACGGUGGGGACAUCUGCAGGGGAGCUUGUUCAUUACUAGCGAUCAACUGGGAGUCUAUAGAAGAACUAGUUCCCCUACAUAAUCCUCCUUGGUCCACGGUGUACCGGAGUUCACCUGUGUUGGAGGCUCCGUGAGUUCAGUCAGUCAGGCAACAACUGUGGGCCGGUAAGUGUCGUUUGUACUGUUCGCUCGAAGGUGUUUUUGCUAUCCUUGGCUUGAUUAUUUUUUUCUGGCCAGUUUCAUUUGCUAAUAAAAUUAUCAUUGCCGUUGUUAUUUGCAUGUAUGUAAACAAGUCAAUAUAAUUAAUGUAUUAAGUCUAUAUUCCUGUGAUGGUGGCGGGUUAAAGUCAUUAUAAAACCAAUCUGAUCUUAUUUGUCAGUGCCAUACGUGUCUGAUGAGAGCUGUGAACAUCUUUUGUGAUCUUAAGGAAACUAAUAUGUGCUUUGAAAACCUAAGAGAAACAAUUUCGUUCAUGUACUGUUGUCUCUCUUACUGUAGGUUGUGACAGCAAGUAACACUAUUAUCUUUAUUCAUAUCUUUGGUUAUGAAGCUGUAUUAAUUUAUCUCUUUGUAGGUUAUAUAUGUAUUUAUCUUAUCUACCUGUGUUAAGUAUAUGUAUACCUUACUUUAUAUCUUACUCUACGUGUUAUCUACUCCGGGAGCAUUACUUUAUAUAUUCACAUUAUCUUUUUUCUCUUUCACUCAUAAUUUGUUUACUCUAAUUACAUUCUCUUUUCACUCAUUCAUUUUUCUACUCUACUUUCUCUACGUCUAAUGCUUUCUACUACCAGCUCUCCUUCCCUCACUCACUCCCUCACUACUCUCAAGUGUUGUGUAUCUGUUAUUGUGAUUAGUUCCUCCCUUUAAGUACCCCACAGGUCUUUGUCGAUUAGUUGAGUUGCUGAGUACUUCACUUACCCCAUUUGUACCCGUCACUGCCACUUGUACCCGUCACCCC